UGAAAAUUAACCCAAAAAAAACUCGUGAAUUUUCAAAACAGAAAAAUGCAACAGAAUUUAUUCAUUAGGUGAAGUAAAAUUGAGGAAAGGAGAAAGAAAAGAUGGCACCGAAGGAGAGUGGAGAACCCUAAACCCAGUCACCGGGAGAGAGAGAAAUGACGGCGGAGCUGAUGGAGUAAACCUCUCCACCGCCUUCGUACACCAACUGUGGGUGGCUCUGGCCUGACGGGAUACACGACUUGUAUUCUGUUAAUGUACGAAGGGUUUAUGGGAGCACACAGCAUCUUCACACUCACACACACAUCAUUAUCCAUUUUAGCGUUGCUAGUAUAUAUAUGAUUAUGAAAACUGUGGUAGGUCCUUAGUGAAGUCAGAGUGAGUCAAUGGAGUCUCUGAAAUCCCCUUUUCUCUUCUCCACUCCACUCCUCCCUCCACCUUCUCUCACAACCACCAACAACAAACCAAUUACUCGAAUCCGCUCCUCCUCACUGCACAGAGACCCCUGGUCCCUCCCAGACGGGGAUCCCGCCAGCCCCAAGCCCCGUUCCCGAAACCCUAAGAACCCUCUCUCCGACGACAACGCCCGCCGCAUCAUAAAGGCCAAGGCCCGCUACCUCAGCGUCCUCCGCAGGAACCAGGGCCCACAGGCCCAGACGCCCCGCUGGAUAAAGCGGUCGCCGGAGCAGAUGGUUCAGUACCUUCAGGAUGACCGCAACGGACACCUUUACGGGAAGCACGUGGUCGCCGCCAUCAAGAAGGUUCGCGCUCUCUCUCAGAGGGUGGAUGAUGACUACGACAUGAGGAUGGUCAUGGGUUCCUUCGUUGGCAAGCUCACCUUCAGGGAGAUGUGCGUCGUCCUCAAGGAACAGAAAGGGUGGCGCCAAGUCAGAGACUUCUUUGCUUGGAUGAAAUUGCAGCUGAGCUACCAUCCGAGUGUGAUUGUCUACACUAUAGUAUUGCGCUUGUAUGGGCAAGUUGGAAAGCUUAAGCUAGCUGAAGAGACCUUCUUGGAGAUGCUUGAUGCAGGUUGUGAACCAGAUGAAGUUGCUUGUGGUACCAUGCUUUGUUCAUAUGCUAGAUGGGGGCGACAUAAGGCUAUGUUUUCUUUCUAUUCAGCUGUAAAGGAAAGGGGUAUCAUGCUUUCUGUUGCUGUCUACAACUUUAUGCUGUCUUCUUUGCAAAAGAAAUCACUCCAUAGAGAGAUUGUGUUAGUAUGGAGGGAUAUGGUAAGAGAAGGGGUGACACCUAAUGAUUUUACCUAUACUGUAGUCAUCACCUCUCUUGUCAAAGAAGGGCUACAUGAAGAUGCUUUCAAGACUUUUGAGGAGAUGAAAAAUAAUGGAUUUGUUCCUGAGGAGGUGACUUAUAACAUGCUUAUUAAUUUAAGUGCUAAAAAUGGCAACAGGGAUGUAGUUCAAAGAUUGUAUGAGGAUAUGAGGUUUCAAGGAGUAAUUCCUAGUAAAUACACUUGUUCGUCACUUCUAUCGUUAUAUUACAGAUAUGAGGACUACCCGAAAGCCCUCUCACUCUUUUCAGAAAUGAUAAACAACAAAAUUCCAGCUGAUGAAGUCAUCUAUGGUUUGCUUAUUAGAAUUUAUGGAAGGCUUGGUUUAUACGAGGAUGCUCAUAAAACAUUUGAAGAGAUGAAGCAUCGAGGUUUGCUUACCAAUGAAAAGACAUAUUUGGCAAUGGCACAAGUCUAUCUUACUUCGGGGAAGGUAGACAAAGCCUUGGAAGUGAUUGAACUCAUGAAGUCUAGCAACAUAUGGUUCUCUCGAUUUGCUUAUAUUGUCCUGCUACAGUGUUAUGUGAUGAAAGAAGAUGUAGUAUCUGCUGAAGAAACAUUGUUGGCUCUCCGCAAGACUGGACUGCCUGAUGCUGGUUCUUGUAAUGAUAUGCUCAAUUUGUAUGUGGGACUUAAUUUGAUGGAAAAGGCAAAGGAGUUCAUUGUCCAAUUAAUGGAGGAUAAGACAAAUUUUGAUGAGGAUCUUUAUAGGACAGUUAUGAAGAUUUAUUGUAAGGAUGGAAUGAUGCUAGAAGCGGAGCAGUUAACAAAUCAGAUGUUUAAGAAUGACUUAUUUAAAUAUAGUAGUUUCGUCCAGACAAUUUAUUGGAUUCUUUGUCAACAUAAAGGGGAUGAGCAAUCUGAUGAUAAACUUGUUGCUUCUGGGUCCAUUGACAAACAUGAUGUCACGGCUCUAGGGCUGGUGCUCAAUUUAUAUUUGUCAAAUGGCAACUUCAGCAAGAUAGGAACGUUACUGAAGCUAUUACAGGAAUAUCCUGGGGGAUCAAAAAUUGUUAGUCAACUCACCAUCAGCUUGGCCAAAGAUGGAGAAUUGAGUAAAGUAGAAUCUCUCAACAGACAGUUAACUGAAAUUGACAGCAAAAUGGAAGAAGCCACCAUUGCUUCUUUGAUUAGCCAUUGUGGCAAACAACAUAUGCUGAAACAAGCUGAAGACAUCUUUGCAGAAUAUGUGCAUUCUCACACACCUAGUAAACUACUUUAUAACUCUAUGAUUGAUGUAUAUGCAAAAUGUGGUGAGCAAGAGAAGGCAUAUUUGCUAUACAAGCAAGUAACCAAGGAAGGAUGUGAUCUUGGUGCUGUUGGAAUUAGCAUCAUUGUAAAUGCUUUAACUAAUGGAGGAAAACAUCAGGAGGCUGAGAAUAUCAUCUGGACAAGUCUUGAAAAUAACUUGGAGCUUGAUACUGUGGCUUACAAUACCUUUAUCAAGGCCAUGCUCGAAUCAGGUAAAUUGCAUUUGGCAUCCAGUAUUUUUGAGCGCAUGUGUUCCUCUGGUGUUGCUCCAUCAAUCCAAACAUUUAACAUGAUGAUAAGUGUCUAUGGGAGAUCCCAAAAGUUGGAUAGAGCCGUGGAGAUGUUCAGGAAGGCUCCCUCUUUAGGUGUGCCUUUGGAUGAGAGAACAUACAUGAAUCUGAUUGGCUACUACGGGAAGGCUGGUAAGGUACAUGAAGCUUCACAGUUGUUCAACAAAAUGCAGGAAGAAGGGAUAAAACCUGGAAAGGUUAGCUACAACAUUAUGAUCAAUGUAUAUGCUAAUGCUGGAGCUUGCCAUGAAGCAGAGAAGCUUUUCCAGGCCAUGCAGAGACAGGGUUGUUCACCUGACUCUUUCACAUAUCUCUCCCUUGUUCAAGCAUAUACCCAGAGUCUGAAUUACUCUGAAGCUGAGGAGACCAUAUGUACUAUGAAAAGCAAAGGCAUUCUACCAUCUUGUGCACAUUUUAAUAUUUUGAUAUCCGCAUUCAUCAAAGCAGGGAUGAUCAAUGAAGCCAAGAGGGUUUAUGAAGAACUUCCAACUUUUGGUUUGAUUCCUGAUCUCAUAUGUCACCGGACAAUAAUGAAAGGUUACAUGGAAAAUGGAUGCGUGGAGGAAGGUAUCAGUUUAUUUGAAAGUAUAAGCACGUCAAUAAAAGGAGACACAUUCAUCAUGAGUGCAGCUGUGCAUUUUUAUGAAGCUGCAGGAAUGAAAAAGAAAACUGAAGAACUGUUGUGUAUGAUGAACAAGAUGGGAAUCCCAUUCUUAAGGAAACUUGAAUUUGGAUCAAGAGUGAAAGUAAAAACAUCAUGAUGACAUAUAAAUUGAUGCAUUUGUGUGCUUGAGGAGCAAUGUGCUGAUGGUGAAGAAAGGUCAGCUAUGAGCCUAUGACUCGUGACUAAUAGCGCAUGCAUAGAGAUCUAAUUGGCCGUAUUAUGCUGAUGGUGGAAGCCUGAUGAUUGCUGCCUAUAUAGUUGAUGGUGGUGAUAAAAAGACUCCAGUUCAGGUCAGAGUGCUUCUGGCGAUGAUGAGGAUCAGAUCCGGGUUAUGCUGCGGUAUAUCUAACCAAAAUCUGUAUACUACUUAGCUAGCAGAUUUUGAAACAAGGACAUGACUGCUCAAUUGUCAAAGCAGCUCGAGUCACAGACUGUUUGACUGCAGGACGAGGGUACCUACUGUUUGGUCGCAGAUUAUGGUGAGGUCGGAAUGUGAACGGUACAUGAUUUUUCUCUCCAUGUUGGAAAUGUAGGUUUGUUGUAAAUGAUGUAUUCUUGGAAUAAUAGAUGAAUUCAACUACAGGAAUAAAAUUGAUUUUUUGUUUCCCAUAUCUUGUUCCUUUUGCUCCUGCUUAGCGUCAAAUUUCGUGGAGGCUAUUAUGAUUGAAUUUUAGACCAUUUUAUUGGUUGGUUUUUCCUGUUCGGACAAUAUGUUUAGGAAGGACCAUACUCUGAUGGAUAUUGAUUGCAUUGACAUAAUCAAAUGAAAUCUCGUCGGUUUUAG